AUGCCAUCCUGCACGCGACAGGCGGGGUCGACCAUAUCGGCGUUCUUCGUGGUACCCCUGGUGGCCGCUAUCCUGCUUUGCUGGACCGUGGUGGGUUUCCUGUGCUCCCUCAAGGGAUGCGGCGUUUUCGUUUACGUCUCGGUUCUCGUGGUGACGGCGGGCUUGAUCGACACCAGGAUGGGGCAGGACGACUACGCGUUUGACUCAAGCUUGUUGGACCCUGCGGCCGUCCUGGUGGCGGCUUCCCUCUGCUACCGUGUCCUCCUGCGGCACCACGACACCAACGCCUCCCUCGCGGGCCGCCGGAGGCUCGCUUCCAUCCCCGUGGCUACGGCGGUGGCCGCUUUUCUGUUGGUGAAGAUCGUUGCUGGCGCCGGAAAUGAGGCCCAAGACCGACAGGGAUGGAAGCUGGCGUGGCUGUGGCUCGCCUUGGUGUCGUCGGCGUUCGUGUACGCGUCCAUGGCCCGUUGGUGGACCGACGCCUCCAUGCCGAGGCUGCAGGAGGCGGAAGCGGCCUUGCUGGAGAAGUACGCCCAGGUGGAGUUCGAGCAGUCAGUGGUAGCCGGCCUGGGCACCGUUUGCGUCAAGGGUUUCCACCAGUCUUUCGAGGCCGGCGUUCCGAGCGGGGAGGCAGCCCCAGAGAAACCUGUCUUGGUUCUGCUGCAUGGCUAUGCGGCGGGAAACGGGUUCUGGAUGUUCGUGCUGAAGGAGCUCUCGGAGCAUUUUCGGGUGGUUUGCGUAGAGAUGUAUGGGUGCGGCCGCUCGGAGCGUCUCCCGUUUAAGGCAAAGGGCCCCGCGGAAACGGAGAAGAUUUUGGUGGAGUCACUGGAGAAGUGGCGGGCAGAGAUGGGGAUAACGGAGAUGGUGCUCUGCGGCCACUCUCUGGGGGGGAUGAUGGCCUCCGCUUACGCGAUGGCCCAUCCUAACAGGUUGCGAAAGCUGUUUCUGCUGUCUCCUGCUGGAAUUGGGGGAAUUCCUAUGGACGGGGAUGCCGGAAAGGACCGCCUCGUGUACAAGAUAUAUUCGUUUGUUUGGACCCGCGGGAUUGGGUUUCUAUUCUUGCUCCGCUGGGCAGGGCCGUUGGGGAUGAGAGCGGCCAAGAGUGUAGUCGCUAGGAGGUUGUCGUGGGUGCCGGAGGCUGCCAAGAUUAGGGAAGUUGACUCCGAUCUGCUAGGGGACUACGUCUAUCAGCUGCUAGCACUUCCGGCCUCGGGAGAGAAAAUUAUCUUCCCCCUCCUCGACCCCAUGCUGCACGCCUACCGGCCCGUCCUAGAAACCCUCAAGGGUGGUGGUGGCAGUGCCAGUGAAUCCGCUACUGCUAGCGCGACCAGCAGCAGUCAUAGCGGCGGGAGCCGUGUACAACAGGGAGAAGGGACUCGGCGGAGUGCGGCGGAGGAGGAGGGGAAGGGGAUCUCGUGCCCCGUGUCGAUAAUUUACGGUUCGCCGGACCACGACUGGAUGCCCCACCGGCAUGGUGUUGCGCUCGCGGAAAACUUGACGAGACAGGGAGUAACGGCGAAGGUCUACUCCGUGCCGGAAGCAGGCCACACGCUGAUCAUCGACAACCCCGAGGACUUCACGCGAAUAUUCUUAGAGGCCUACUUUGACGCCGGGGUAUAG